ACCUUCCGCUUCGCGUGUGAAAAGCCUGAGGAGACGCGAGUUACGAAAUCCAAACUCCCAAAAGUCAUUGUCACGACUUCACUUCCAUGACGUCCCUGCAAAUGGGUCUUGACGGAUUCUGCGACCCGGACGGUUCCGACCGGUUCUGGGAUUGGGACCGCUCAUGGAAUACUACGAACCCAGACUUCACUCAGUGCUUCCAGAACACUGUCCUGGUGUGGCUGCCAUGCAUCUACCUCUGGCUGUGCGCCCCCUUCUACCUCAUCUACCUCCGGUGCCACAAUCAAGGUUACAUAUGUAUGAGUCACCUUAACAAAGCCAAAACUGCUUUUGGCUUUCUUCUAUGGAUUAUCUGCUGGGCAGAUGUUUUCUAUUCUUUCUGGAAAAGAAGUUCUGGCAGUAAAGUUCUUGCACCCGUCCACCUAGUCAGUCCAACCAUACUGGGCUUCACCAUGUUGCUGGCCACCCUGAUGAUUCAGUAUGAACGAAUGAAAGGGGUUCAGUCGUCUGGAGUGUUGCUGGUUUUCUGGCUGCUGGCCUUGCUCUGUGCCACAAUCACCUUCCGGUCCAAGAUUGUCCAAGCCCUGGACCAGCCGUCAACCGUUUGUGUGUGGAGGCACACCACUUUCUUUGUGUACUACACCCUGCUGCUGGUCUCCCUGAUUUUGUCCUGCUUGUCAGAUCAGCCUCCACUCUUCUCCCAAGUUGUCAAAGACUCAAAUCCUUGCCCUGAGCCUGGAGCUUCUUUCCUUUCCAAAAUAACAUUCUGGUGGAUUACCAGGAUGAUGAUGAAGGGCUACAAGCAUCCCCUUGAGGAGAAAGACUUGUGGUCUCUGAACCCUGAGGACCGCUCACAGAAAGUGGUACCAAGGCUGGUUCAGUGUUGGAACACAAAUUGUCAAAAGGGAAAAAGAACAGAACAGAAGACAUUGUACUCUCCCCGGCGGGCCCGUAACCCGAACAACAAGGAGAGUCAAGCUACAGAAGAGUCUGAAAUCUUACUCGUAAAAAGCACCAAAAGAAAAGAGCCCUCCUUGCUCUGGGCUCUGUGCCUGGCCUUUGGGCCAUAUUUCCUAAUCUCGUGCUUCUACAAGUUCAUUCAAGACGUCCUCAUGUUUGUUGGACCUGAAAUCCUCCGGCUUCUGAUCCGCUUUGUGAACAACUCCAGCGCCCCCUCCUGGCAUGGCUACUUCUACACAGCUCUGCUCUUCCUAUGUAACUGUGUGCAGUCACUCAUCCUCCAGAGGUAUUUUCACAUCUGCUUCAUCACAGGCAUGCGCUUGCGCACUGCCAUCGUUGGAGCAGUCUAUAGGAAGGCCUUGGUUAUCAGCAGUGCGGCCCGCCGCACGUCCACCGUUGGAGAGAUGGUCAAUUUGAUGUCAGUGGACGCUCAGCGCUUUAUGGAUCUUAUCGCUUAUAUUAACAUGAUAUGGUCCGCUCCCCUGCAGGUGGUGUUAGCCUUGUACUUUCUCUGGCAGAACCUGGGCCCGUCUGUUCUGGCUGGAGUGGCGGUGAUGGUUCUAAUGGUUCCAGUCAAUGCUUUCAUCGCUAUGAAAACCAAAACCUACCAGGUAGCUCAGAUGAAGAGCAAAGACAAUCGUAUUAAGCUGAUGAAUGAGAUGCUGAAUGGUAUCAAGGUGUUGAAGCUGUAUGCCUGGGAGCUUGCCUUCAAGGGCAAAGUAACAGACAUCCGUGAGAGCGAGCUGCAGGUACUAAAGAAGGCUGCCUACCUUGCUGCAAUGUCUACCUUCACCUGGGUCUGCGCACCCUUUUUGGUCGCCCUGUCCACUUUCACGGUAUAUGUGCUGGUCGAUGAAAAAAAUGUGCUCGAUGCCCAGAAGGCCUUUGUUUCUCUGGCACUCUUCAACAUCUUGCGUUUUCCUCUCAACAUGCUGCCUAUGGUCAUCAGUAGUAUGGUGCAGGCGAGCGUCUCCUUGAAACGGCUGAGAGUGUUUCUAUCACAUGAGGAACUACAGGAAGACAGUGUUGAACGCAAAGCAAUAGUAGGCUCCUCAAACAGUAUAUCCAUAGUGGAUGGGGUUUUCAGCUGGUCAAAAACAGAAUCACCGACACUCAAGAUGCUGAAUGUGUGUAUCCCAGAUGACUCCUUGGUAGCCGUUGUGGGACUCGUCGGUUCUGGAAAGUCCUCUCUUCUGUCAGCCUUGCUUGGAGAGAUGGACAAACUUGAAGGAAGUGUGGCUGUCAAGGGUUCAGUGGCCUAUGUUCCUCAGCAGCCCUGGAUACAGAAUUCCACAUUGAAGGAAAAUAUCAUAUUUGGCCAGGAUGUGAGUGAAGACUGGUAUCAGCGUGUGGUGGCAGCAUGUGCCCUCGAGCCUGACAUCGAGAUCCUGCCUGCCGGAGAUGCCACCGAGAUUGGAGAAAAGGGUGUCAAUCUGUCUGGCGGUCAGAAGCAGAGGAUUAGCCUCGCCAGGGCUGUCUUCUGCAACCGCACCGUCUACCUGCUAGAUGACCCACUGUCUGCUGUUGAUGCUCAUGUAGGAAAGCACAUAUUUGACCAUGUCAUUGGUCCACAGGGCCUGCUGAAGAACAAGACUCGUGUGCUGGUGACACAUGGGCUGAGCUACCUGCCUCAGGUUGACAUGAUCCUGGUCAUGGUGGAUGGAGAAAUAACAGAAGUUGGCUCCUACCAGCAGCUCAUGGCCACUGAGGGAGCCUUUUCUGAGUUUCUGCAUACGUAUGCUGGGGUCGACCAUGCAGACAACAAUGAUUCAGAAUCCAAGCCAAAAAUAGUAACCAAAGGAAUGGAGAAUGGGAGUGCAACUGGUCUUGCUAGCUCUGGUCAAAGCAGCAGUACAUCCAAACUUUCUCAGUCAGGCAAGGAGAAAGAGGAGCUCGACAAAAAGGCCAAGAACGCAGAUGUGGGCAAGCUAACAGAGGCUGAUAAGGCUAGAACAGGACGGGUCAAGCUGGCUGUGUUCUGGUCCUAUUUUAAAGCAAUCGGUGUACUGUCCUGCAUCGCACUGCUGCUGUUUUUUGCUUAUAACGUGUUUUCAAUCUUCUCUAAUUACUGGCUCAGUCUCUGGACUGAUGACCCAGUAGUUAAUGGCACUCAGCCUAAGAGAGAGCUGAGAUUGGGGAUUUAUGGUGUUCUUGGCCUGUCACAGGGGGUGACAGUCUUUGGGUACUCCCUGUCAAUGUCCAUUGGGGGCAUUCUGGCGUCUCGCUAUCUUCAUCAGUCCAUGCUCUUUGAUGUCCUUCGCUCACCUGUAUCUUUCUUCGAGCGAACCCCCAGCGGUAACCUGGUCAACCGCUUUGCCAAGGAGAUGGACACCAUUGACACAGUGAUCCCCAGUAUUCUUAGAAUGUUCUUGGGCUCCAUGUUUAAUGUGAUUGGUGCUUGUAUUAUCAUCUUGAUCGCCACACCGUACGUGGCGAUCAUCAUUCCCUUCCUUGGUCUGCUCUACUUUUUUGUACAGAGAUUUUAUGUGGCAUCAUCCCGCCAGUUGAAGCGCCUGGAGUCGGUCAGCCGUUCACCUAUCUAUACCCACUUUAAUGAAACACUGCUGGGCACAUCCGUCAUCAGAGCUUUUGGUGAACAAGACCGCUUCAUAGGAGAGAGUGAUCGGAGGGUUGACCAUAACCAGAAGGCCUACUACCCCAGCAUUACAGCAAACAGGUGGCUGGCAAUUCGUCUGGAAUUCGUCGGCAACUGCAUUGUGUCAUCUGCUGCUUUGUUUGCCGUCGCAGCCAGAGAGAACCUCAGUCCAGGUAUCAUGGGCCUUGCGAUCUCCUAUGCCCUUCAGUUGACAGCCUCUCUGACCUGGCUGGUGAGGAUGUCCUCCGACAUGGAAACAAACAUUGUUGCAGUGGAGCGAGUGAAAGAGUACAGUGACACAGAAAAAGAGGCUGAGUGGAAGCAUGAGCCCUCCAGCCUUGCCCCUGGGUGGCCCACUGAGGGUUGCAUAGAAUUCAGAGGCUUCGCCCUACGAUACCGCCCCGAUCUGGACCUGGCCAUCCGCAACAUCACCGUCAGCAUUUCAGGAGGAGAGAAGGUGGGGAUCGUAGGGCGCACAGGAGCAGGCAAGUCAACCCUAACAUUGGCCCUGUUCAGGAUCAUCGAGGCAGCCGAGGGGCAAAUUUUCAUCGAUGGGAUAAACAUUGCUGAGCUUGGCCUCCAUGAGCUCCGCUCCAGAAUCACCAUAAUACCACAGGAUCCAGUGUUGUUUUCAGGCACCCUGAGGAUGAACUUGGAUCCAUUUGAAAGCUACUCUGAUGAGGACAUAUGGAGGUCUUUGGAGUUCGCCCAUCUCAAGAACUUUGUGUCCGGCCUGUCAGACAAACUCAGCCAUGAAUGUAGUGAAGGGGGGGAGAACCUCAGCGUGGGCCAGCGCCAACUGCUAUGCCUGGCCAGAGCAUUGUUGAGAAAGACCAAGAUCCUUGUUCUAGAUGAGGCCACAGCUGCUGUGGACAUGGAGACCGACACCCUCAUCCAGACCACCAUCCGCUCUCAGUUCGAGGAAUGCACUGUCCUUACCAUCGCUCAUCGCCUGAACACCAUCAUGGAUUACACAAGGGUUCUGGUUUUGGAGAGAGGAGAGAUGGUAGAAUUUGAUUCCCCAUCCAAUCUCUUGGCUCAAAAGGGAUCCUUCUACAAGAUGGCCAAGGAUUCUGGGCUGGCCUGAAGCUUUGCCACAAUGGUCCUCCAAACCACUUCGCUGGGCUCCCCUUGCUUCCUAUUGUGAGGGUCUUCCGUGAAGGAGCGACAAAGGUGGCGCAGCGCUUUGUUACGUUUGCGUGUUUGAUGAGUCAAGCAAAGAUGUCGGUGAAAACAAUGGGCUUGGUUUUACCCUCGCAACCAACCUUCCAUCUAAAUGGAACUACUAGUUAACUGCCUUUCAUAAGCAAAUAUGCUGCUUCUUAUUUAUCCCAUAGCUUCAUUGGCUCCUCCUGUUCCAGCCAGGGAAGGGGGACACUUAAUGUAGCUUUUUUUUUUUUUUGGGACACCUGUGGUUUUAAAACACAGUGGUGAUCAGCUUCCUCCUAUACCAAAGGUUUAGCUCCGGGAUUCAAACCUGUGGUGAUUUGAACUGUGGGUAGCUAUUAAGUGGUUUACACUAGGUUCCAUGCACUAUUUCAAAAGUACAUAUACUUUGUGCAAACUUGAACUGUUUUCAGCAAACAUUUGGCUGAUAGAAAAUAAAUCAAAGAUUUAGGAGCUAUAUUGGAGGGGGAAAAAAGUUCCCCGUCAUUUUCUGAAAAGCAAUGUUAGGAUCCACUGUUGUUGUAAGCCUGUUUCCAAUUUUGAUGAUGUAUGGAGCCGGAACCCGCUCGGUGUCGCACACUAUUUGCAAAGACAAAUGAUUUGCCGUUUUGAAUGUUACUUCAUCAGGAUGGACCAUUUCAGACUGGUGGUAUUGGGUGCGGCAACUAGUAAUGUCACAGACUUCAGACAGUGGCGGCGUAGAAUGUUCAACUUUAAAUGCACAAGUUCAAGGGAUCAGUGGGACAGAUUCCACUUUCCUGUCACUUUACAGGCUGCUUUAUUUAUAGGGUUUUUUUUUGGUUUUUGUUUUAUUGAUCUCAUUUCAGCAGCUUUAAAUUAAUGUUAAUAUCAAAUAUUUAAGUUGAUUCUUCUAUUCUCUUGUGGAGCUGAUGCACUUUGAGCAGUCAUGUGUUUUUGUAACUCCAGGAGUCUGAGUGAUUCAUAGGAUUCAAAUUUUAGGCUUUUGAGGACAUGUUUUGAUUGUUUUGCCACAUUUUUUUUAAGUGUACAUUUUAGCCAAGGUGCAGCAUAUCUAUUUGUUGAUAAACUACAGAGUUUUGUUUGACUUAAGAUACCACAAAAAUAAAUAUAUUUGUCUGUU